AUGCCGUCCUUUGGGCCGUCCUCUCAACCGUCCACACAGCCGUACUCCGGCUCGGCGGACCUGCUGAGCAAUGUGCAGCCCUCUGAUUUUGAGUUUCUCGACGUGGUUAAAAAAGAUAAAGAUGAAGGCGUGGCGGUUUUCAAGGUUAAAAUAGGUGAGAGAUUGUGUAUCAUGAAAGUGUUUGAAGGGCAAUACGAUGAAUUGCAUGAAAGUGGUCCGAUUGGCCAUUUUGAUAUUGGUUAA